AGAUGUUAAGGAGUAAAUAUUUAAACAGUUUAUUGAAUAUUAAAAACAAAAUAAUCAAACGGACAUUGCAGUUGCGAAGAACAGAUUAUUUAUGUUCGAAAACAGUGAAUAGAGAAUUAUUAAGGUCUACUAGUUUAUCAGCUGACAAACGUUAUAUAAGCACGUAGGUAGACCAAGUGACUAGAUAACCCCAAUGCCAAGGCCUACCAUGAUGAGGUUGCCAGUUUACAUCUCAGUACUCCUUGUGUGCAGCGUGUAUGGCCAUGAAUACCGAGGACUCGGUAGACUAUUGACAUCAGGUGUAGACGUUAGGAAAGGUGGAACAUCGACCGGGGCAGCAACAUCGGCGGCAUCAGCAGGUUCGGCGGCGGCAUCAGCAGGUGUCAGCGCUGCCCUUGCAGCAGUGAACCCUGUGGCUGGAGCGGCAUCAGUUUUUCUCGCUCCAUUGACCGAAGGCAUUGUUCAACUUGAAAAGCAGUUUAUGACAUAUCUAAGUGACAAUUUGUUAGGAAACCAUCCAUAUCACACAGUCCUUGGACGAGGUGUGAGGCUCAACGCUACAGGCAAUAGCGUGAUGAUACAGGAUGUGGCCAGUGGAAUAGCAGUGGUGGGGACAGGUGCCACUCUAGAGGAGGCCAUGAGUAUGGCGACACAGAAGUAUGUCACUACAUUGUUAGAGAUGGGCUUUAUCAGCAAGGACGACUUACAUUUGGCGCCAGUACUCACCACCACUGAAGUGCCGUGUGGAGACAACUAUCCCAAGUCUUACUGUGAGGACAGGAAACGUAUGGGUUUCUGUUCUCCCGUCAGUGCCUUCGCCGCCUUCAUGUCUCAGAACUGUUACGCAACGUGCAGGGGAGGAUGUUGAAGACGUCAUACUGACAUACAGAGCUGCAAUUCCGUAUACAGAAAUACAUAGGUCUAUGUCUAGUUUUUUUUUAUUAUACGUAUAUUCGAUUGGUAACACUACUAUUUGCUUGUAUAUGUAUGAAGUAUGUAAAGAGAAAAUGUCUAAAAAUGA